AUGAAGCAACCUGUGCCAAUCAUACCCUACUUCCGGCCUGUGCGGUCCACCUUACUUCCGGCCUGUGCGUUCCACACACGGGAAGUGGCUGAUCAUCGAUUGCUGCAGCCUCUCACUGUCGGUCGAGGUCAGGUAAUGAUUGGUUCUAAAUCUACCAUCAGCCGUCAGGGUGAAUCUCUUACAAAUAUGACGGCAGUAGAUAUAGAGGGAGAAGAAGAGGCGUAUGUGACUGCUAUGAAGGCAGAAGAACCGGAAGGAGAAGAGACGUGUGUGACCGAUAUGAAGGCAAAAGGUAUAGAGGGAGAGGAAGAGACAUAUGUGACUGAUAUGAAGGCAGAAGAUAUAGAGGGAGAAGAAGAGACGUAUGUGACUGAUAUGAAGGCAGAAGAUAUAGAGGGAGAAGAAGAGAUGUAUGUGACUGAUAUGAUGGCAGAAGAUAUAGAGGGAGAAGAAGAGACGUAUGUGACUGAUAUGAAGGCAGAAGAUAUAGAGGGAGAAGAAGAGACGUAUGUGACUGAUAUGAAGGCAGAAGAUAUAGAGGGAGAAGAAGAGACGUAUGUGACUGAUAUGAAGGCAGAAGAUAUAGAGGGAGAAGAAGAGACGUAUGUGACUGAUAUGAGGGCAGAAGAUACAGAGGGAGAAGAAGAGACGUAUGUGACUGAUAUGAAGGCAGAAGAUAUAGAGGGAGAAGAAGAGACAUAUGUGACUGAUAUGAAGGCAGAAGAUAUAGAGGGAGAAGAAGAAAUGUAUGUGAGGGAUGAUCAGCAGUGUAUGGAGGACAAAAUCCCUACAGAUAUCAGCACAGAAAUAGUUGUGGAAUUCACUUCAGACAAGGAUGGUAGAGAGGAGAUCAGUGAUAGACCUUCUGGGGAUGUGAACUUUUACCUGUAUCUCAUGAGGAAGAGGCUAUUUCCCCCUAGCUAUGGCUGCAGUUUAGUUCUUCCAGUAACAUAA